CAGCAGUGCGUCCGGGGAAGCGUUUGCGCGCUGCACCGCCCUGCGCAGUGCCCUUCAGCCCGGUGCCGGGAGGAGAAAGUUUAGGACGCGGGACCCGGCGGUGGUCGUGGUGAUUUUCUUCCCAGUGGGCGGUCUGAGGCCAGGCCUCAAGUAAGAGCGGCCUCACCAUGAUGACCGGACGGCCGGGCCGAAGGCCCUUAGAGUUCCUGCCGGAUGAGGCCCGGAGCCUGCCCCCGCCCAAGCUGACGGACCCGCGGCUCGCCUACUUCGGCUUCUUGGGCUAUUGCUCGGGCCUCCUUGAUAACGCGAUCCGGCAGAGGCCCGUGUUGACGGCCGGUUUGCAUCGCCAGCUUCUAUAUGUUACUUCCUUUUUUUUUGUUGGAUAUUAUCUUUUAAAACGUCAAGACUAUAUGUAUGCUGUAAAGGACCAUGAUAUGUUUGCAUAUAUGAAAUCACAUCCAGAGGAUUUUCCUGAAAAAGAUAAGAAAACUUAUGGUGACAAAUUUGAAGAAUUCCAUCCAGUGCGUUGAAGUCUCCAAAACACUUUCUUUGGUUUCACUGAGAACAGUUAUUUCCGAAUUUUGUGGAGCAUGAUUUCAUGAUAUCUGAAGUUUGUAUUAAUCUGUAUGUUAAUACCUUGUUAUUAAAAUGGUCAUCCUGAA